AACCGAGUUUCCUGGCUGGGAGACAGAUUGAAAUGGGGAGGAGUCAAACACGCCGAGUUCAGAUCAGGACAGACUGAAGGACAACCGAGCAGGAAGCACAGAUCCACAGAAAAAUAAGGAGGCAGUCCGGGUUAUUGAGCAUUUCUCACUCGAGGAAAGAUGUCCCUGUCUGCUCUGGCUGCGCGGCGAGCGCUCGCCGCCGCGUCCGCGUCCAGCCACGAAGGAGGCGCGAGGACCUGGAAGAUCCUGACCAUCAUCCUGGCCGUCCCCGGCGUCGGCGUCUGCAUGGCCAACGCGUACAUGAAGGCACAGGCGCACUCGCACGAGCAGCCCGAGUUCGUGCCGUACUCCCACCUGCGGAUUCGCACCAAGAGAUUCCCCUGGGGCGACGGAAACCACAGCCUCUUCCACAACCCGCACACCAACGCUCUCCCUGACGGCUACGAGGACUCCCACCACUGAGAGCACCACUCGCCCCCCCCGCAUGCUGUGAACCCCCGUCUGCACCCAGACCGGAAUAAAAACCUCCUCCUGAUGAACCAGAA